GCGCAGCCGCCCCCUCCCCUCCUCCUCUCCCCCAAAUCGGACCCAAAAUCCAAGACGAAGUUUUUCUCCAAUCCCCACUCCCCCACCCCCACCCCGUUCCAAGUGAUCAGAAGCUACCAUCUCUUUAUCUGCUUGACAGUAUAGUCAAGAAUAUUGGAAAAGAUUAUGUUAAACAUUUUUCUUCAAAAUUACCUGAGGUGUUUUGCAAGGCCUAUAGACAGGUUGAUCCUCCUGUUCAUACUAGCAUGAGACACCUUUUCGGAACAUGGAAAGGAGUGUUUUCUCCAGCUUCACUGCAAAUGAUUGAGAAGGAGCUUGGUUUUCAAUCAUCUGCUAAUGGAUCAUCAGGUGCUGCACCAUCGAAGGCCGAUUCGCCAUCCCAGCGCCCGUCCCACAGCAUACAUGUAAACCCAAAAUAUUUGGAAGCAAGACAGCAGCUCCAACAACCAAAUAAGGGGAUUCUGGGAGCCGGUGCCAAGACACCUAUAAUUUCUGAUGCUGAUGAUGUUAUCGAAAGGGGUAAUAGGAUUGGUAUUGAUAAAGGCACAGGGAGACGCCUGGAUACUCUGAACUCUAGGCCUCGUGCUCAGAAGGUUACUUUUAGCAACCCCAUUCAUGAAAAGCCAGAGAGAGAUGCGAGGGGCCCUGGAAUUGCGGGAGCUGGUCAAGUUCGCUCAAAGCCCAAAGGCCAAGAUGGAAUUGUGGGGGCAUAUUACACUGGAGGUGUUAGUUCCCCUGAAGAAAUAUUUGACAGACGCAACCAUUUGUAUGCAACCAAGGAUGCUCGCUCUUCUGGCUCUGUACGUUUGGACAGUGCACUUCUCCCAACUCCUGUCAGUAAUUCUGAUAGGAUUGGUAGACUGUCAUCAUCUGAUAAAAGCUGGAAGAACUCUGAGGAAGAAGAGUACAUCUGGGACGACAUACCUUCUCAAGGAGCAGAUUAUGGAGGUGCCAGUUCUGCAAGAAAAGGAGAACCCUUGGCUGAUGACGGCAAUAUUAGAAGCUUCCAUAGGGCUAAUUGGGCAGAGCCUGGAGACCCGUUGGACCCUGACUUCCACAAACAAGAUACCAUCCCAAGAUUUGGACAUCCAACAAGCCAAGAUAGAAGACUUGCACCGUACAUGGAUCAUGCAGAGUAUCUUCAUAGUAAGCGUGAUGGGGAUCCAAGAAUUGAUAGGGAAAUGUGGCCUGAAGGACAACCGUUCCCGGAAUCUCGUGGCUCCUCUGUAUGGUUAUCCCAGGAAAAACUUCGACCAGACAUUGGGCGGGAUCCCAGGAUAUCAAGGUUUUCUAAUCAGUCACCAAGCAUCACUUCAUCUGUACCUGUUGGAUUAUCAGGGGCCUACGCUGGACGAUCAAGCCUUGAAAGUGCAAAACAAAAAUAUUGGCCGCCUUCCUCGCCUCCUCUCCAGGCCCGUGAGAGCUCCCCAAGUUCCUCGGAGCAUGACAUUUAUGCUUCCAGACCAUUUCUGCCACCCCAGGAAGAGCAUAACCAAAGGACUCAUGCCUUGUCUCAAAAUUCCGUGAAUUCUCAGGGUCGGCCUAGUCUGCAAGCAACUCUGUCACAGGCUUCUCAGCAGUCUCAAAAGCACCCUCCUGUGCAGUCAAAGCCACAUCCGAAGCCAUUUCAUCAACCCUUUCCACAAGAAAAUUCUUCAUCGCUGUUUAGACCGUCUGUCCAUCUGCCUCUGUCUACCGGAAUAGAAGAGCAGCCUGAAGAGGUGUCCUUGCCCAGUGGUCCCGCACAUGCAAAGUCAGAUCAGAUAAGUGCUAGUAAUUUGUUGGCUGGUCUUUUUAAGGGUGGAUUCAUACCAAACACAAGUGAUCAUGCUGUCCCACAUUCACAUGGGUUGGCAUCUCUUCCAUCUUCCUCAGCCAGCGAAAAUGCCCCUUUGAAGCCUCAUGCACCGAACUCUCUCCGCCCACCUUUGCCGCCAGGUCCGCCACCAACACAGAGUGCUGAGAAAGCUGCUGCACCACUGUCAAGCCUUCUCAGUUCUCUGGUUGCAAAGGGGCUAAUUUCUUCACCGUCCACCGAUUCGUCUGCUGGUGCAAGGAACCCCGGUAAAUCAAGUCCGAGCACAUCAGAUGUCAGCGCUUCAGCUCCACCUCCGCCAGUCGUCCAGCCUUCAGUUGCUAAGGAGACACCUGCCCCUACAAAAGCUUUGUUGCCCAAACCUCCUGAAGUGGAGAUGGCUGACCUAAUUGGCCUUGAGUUCAAGCCAGUGGUGCUUCGCGAGCACCGUACAGAGGUGGUCAACAGACUCUUUGAUGACCAAAGCCAUCAAUGCAGAACAUGUGGUUUAAGAUUCAGACUUGAAGAUGAGCUCAGUGCACACACUGCCUGCAAUGGACCAGAGGAGGCUAGAAAUGCCGGCAUCGCACCUGAAAGAUGGUACCCUAGCAAGAGCCGUUGGAUCGACAGAUUACCUGAACCGCAGAGCAUCUUCCUGGACUCUGCAUCUGAUAAAGACCUGGGAACCGCAGAGGAAGUUUGUGAGUUUAUGGUCCCUGCAGAUGAGAGCCAGAUUAUCUGCUGUCUUUGUGGGGAGCAGUUUGAUGACAUGUAUUCCGUCGAUAGGAGCGAGUGGAUGUACAAGGAUGCUGUGUAUUAUGAUCGCUCAAAGGCCGAAGGUGGCAGCUCCCAGAGUAAAGAGCUGGCACCCAUUGUCCAUGCAAGAUGUAUGCCGGGAAUCUCAAAUGAUGGCAUGGAGGUGGAUUAGUAUGAUUGUCAUGUCAUAUAGCAGCAGAAACAGCAGCAGCAGCUCAGAUGAUGACAUUGAGGUGGAUUGUCAAUGAAGUCUGGUGCCCAGCAGAGCCUCAAAUGAUGGUGGCAUGGAGGCACAUUCCGUGAGGUCGGUGCACAGCGACGAUCGAAAAUAUACUGCAGGUGGGGUGAUGACAGCUUCGGCAACAUUUUGGUCCCUUGAUCUCCACCAUUUGUCAUGUAGAAGAGGUGUUCUUACAGAAAGAAUAAACAUACCCAGCCAAUUAGUUGGCCAUUUUGAUCCCAUCGAGUCAACAUUUUGGGUGGGGUGGGGUCAGAUGACAUAAGUUUGAUCUUUCUGUUGUUCAUAGGAGGCCAUGCAUGUAUGCUAGUGGAAAGAGUGUAUUAUUAUUGUCCCUUAACCAGGCGAGCGAAAAGGGUGACGCCAGCGUCAUCGUCGAGUUACUGCUGUUUUUGACAAACUUUUUCUCAGCUUUUGAGAUGUAGUAGCGGUUUUUGUACUCAAAACCAAACUGACAAUAGAACUUCAUCAUGGAUGGAUGCAGAUUUGAAUCA